CGGACGGACGGACGGAGACGGCGCCGCCACAUUCCUAUGCCCGGGAGCGGCGGCGGCGGCGGCGGCGGCGGCGGGAGGCGGCAGGCGCGCGGCGCGGACAGCUGAGCUUCUCCUCCCGCUUCGGCGCUCGGGCGGACGUCGCCCGGGUCCCGAUGGUUUGAGCUCGCCUCUCCCUCCCUCCCGACCUCUGCGGCGGCGAGGCCACGCCAUGUGAAGGUUAGGGCCUGGACAUCCCGAGGAGCCGCCGUGAAAGAUGGGGGAUGCUGCAGACCCCAGGGAGAUGAGAAAGACGUUCAUUGUUCCAGCCAUCAAGCCCUUUGACCACUAUGAUUUCUCCAGGGCCAAAAUCGCCUGCAAUCUGGCCUGGCUGGUGGCCAAAGCCUUUGGGACAGAAAAUGUACCAGAGGAACUUCGAGAACCAUUUUACACAGAUCAAUAUGACCAGGAACACAUCAAACCACCUGUUGUUAAUUUGCUUCUAUCGGCUGAACUAUACUGUCGUGCUGGGAGUCUCAUUCUCAAGAGUGAUGCUGCAAAACCCCUUUUGGGCCAUGAUGCUGUAAUCCAGGCUUUAGCGCAGAAAGGUCUUUAUGUCACUGACCAGGAAAAAUUGGUAACUGAACGAGAUCUCCACAAGAAACCCAUACAGAUGAGUGCACAUUUGGCCAUGAUAGAUACCCUUAUGAUGGCUUACACGGUAGAAAUGGUCAGUAUAGAAAAAGUAAUUGCAUGUGCUCAACAGUAUUCAGCUUUUUUUCAAGCCACGGAUCUGCCCUAUGAUAUCGAGGAUGCUGUCACGUACUGGAUAAACAAGGUAAAUGAACAUUUGAAAGACAUAAUGGAACAAGAACAAAAAUUGAAAGAACAUCACACAGUUGAAGCUCCAGGAGGUCAAAAGGCUCGUUAUAGGAAAGAGCAAACAUUGCUUAAGCAACUGCCUUGCAUUCCAUUGGUAGAAAAUUUGUUGAAAGAUGGGACAGAUGGCUGUGCAUUAGCUGCCCUUAUUCAUUUUUACUGUCCUGAUGUUGUCAGAUUAGACGAUAUUUGUUUGAAAGAAACUAUGUCUUUGGCUGAUAGCCUGUAUAAUCUGCAGCUGAUUCAAGAAUUUUGCCAAGAAUACUUGAACCAGUGUUGCCAUUUCACCCUGGAAGAUAUGCUCUAUGCUGCUUCAUCCAUAAAGAGUAAUUAUUUGGUGUUCAUGGCGGAACUGUUCUGGUGGUUUGAAGUGGUGAAGCCGUCUUUCGUACAGCCUCGUGUUGUUCGUCCUCAAGGAGCUGAACCUGUAAAAGAUAUGCCUUCAAUUCCUGUCUUGAAUGCUGCCAAACGAAAUGUCUUAGAUAGUAGUUCAGACUUCCCUUCAAGUGGGGAAGGAGCUACAUUUACACAGUUUCAUCAUCAUUUGCCUUCUAGGUAUUCACGUCCCCAAGCUCAUUCUUCAGCCUCAGGAGGAAUUAGAAGGUCUUCAUCUAUGUCUUAUGUUGAUGGCUUCAUAGGGACAUGGCCCAAAGAGAAAAGAUCAUCAGUACAUGGCGUAUCAUUUGAUAUUUCUUUUGAUAAAGAAGAUAGUGUACAGAGAUCCACUCCAAACCAAGGAAUCACUCGUUCUAUUAGUAAUGAAGGACUUACUCUGAACAACAAUCGUGUAUCUAAACACAUUAGGAAAAACUUGUCCUUCAAGCCAAUAAAUGGAGAAGAGGAAGCAGAGAGCAUUGAAGAAGAGCUUAAUAUUGAUUCUCACAGUGACCUCAAAUCUUAUGUUCCCCGUAACACAAAUGAACUAAAUUCUAAUGAAAAUAUUCAUUACAAGCUUCCAAAUGGAGCUUUACAAAAUAGAAUACUUCUAGAUGAGUUUGGCAAUCAGAUUGAGACACCAAGCAUUGAAGAGGCAUUGCAGAUAAUUCAUGAUACUGAAAAAUCUCUUCAUACACCUCAGCCAGACCAAAUUGCUAAUGGCUUCUUUCUUCAUAGUCAAGAAAUGAGUAUCCUAAAUUCAAAUAUCAAGCUAAAUCAAUCUAGUCCUGAUAAUGUAACUGAUACAAAAGGUGCCUUGAGUCCCAUAACUGACAAUACUGAAGUAGACACUGGAAUUCAUGUUCCUUCAGAAGAUAUACCUGAAACUAUGGACGAAGAUUCUUCAUUGAGAGAUUAUACUGUAAGCUUGGACUCUGACAUGGAUGAUGCAUCUAAAUUUCUUCAGGAUUAUGAUAUACGAACCGGCAACACCAGAGAAGCUUUGAGUCCUUGUCCAAGUACUAUAAGUACCAAGUCUCAGCCAGGCAGCAGCGCUUCUUCUAGUUCCGGAGUUAAAAUGACCAGCUUUGCUGAACAAAAAUUCAGGAAACUGAAUCAUACUGAUGGAAAAAGUAGUGGAAGCAGUUCUCAAAAAACUACACCAGAGGGCUCUGAACUUAAUAUUCCUCAUGUUGUUGCUUGGGCACAAAUUCCAGAAGAAACAGGGCUUCCACAGGGACGGGACACUACCCAGCUGUUGGCUUCUGAGAUGGUGCAUCUUAGGAUGAAACUAGAAGAAAAGAGGCGUGCUAUAGAAGCCCAGAAAAAGAAAAUGGAGGCUGCUUUUACCAAACAGAGACAGAAAAUGGGAAGGACAGCGUUCCUUACUGUAGUGAAAAAGAAAGGGGACGGGAUUUCCCCUCUCAGAGAGGAAGCAGCGGGUGCAGAAGAUGAGAAAGUAUAUACUGAUCGGGCAAAAGAAAAGGAAUCACAAAAAACUGAUGGACAAAGGAGCAAGUCACUGGCAGAUAUAAAAGAAAGCAUGGAGAAUCCUCAAGCCAAAUGGCUAAAGUCUCCAACUACACCUAUUGAUCCUGAGAAGCAGUGGAAUCUGGCAAGCCCCUCAGAAGAAACUUUAAAUGAAGGAGAGAUUUUAGAAUAUACAAAAUCCAUUGAAAAGUUAAAUUCAUCCCUGCAUUUUCUACAACAAGAAAUGCAACGCUUGUCACUUCAGCAGGAGAUGUUAAUGCAGAUGAGAGAGCAACAGUCUUGGGUGAUUUCACCUCCACAACCCUCUCCACAGAAACAGAUUAGAGAUUUUAAGCCUUCUAAGCAGGCAGGCCUGCCAUCAGCCAUCGCACCAUUCUCCUCAGACUCCCCUCGUCCUACUCACCCAUCUCCACAGUCUUCUAACAGGAAAAGCGCAUCUUUUUCUGUUAAAAAUCAAAGGACUCCUAGGCCCAAUGAGUUAAAAAUAACACCUUUGAAUCGAACCUUGACACCCCCUCGGUCAGUGGAUAGCCUUCCUCGGUUAAGGAGGUUUUCACCAAGUCAAGUUCCUAUUCAGACUAGGUCAUUUGUAUGUUUUGGGGAUGAUGGAGAACCUCAGUUAAAAGAAUCCAAACCUAAAGAGGAAGUUAAAAAGGAGGAAUUGGAAUCCAAAGGGACUUUGGAACAGCGAGGACAUAAUCUAGAAGAAAAGGAGAUCAAACCUUUUGAGUCAACAGUCUCUGAAGUCCUAUCACUGCCUGUCACAGAGACUGUAUGUCUGACACCAAAUGAGGACCAAUUGAAUCAACCAACAGAACCCCCUCCUAAACCCAUUUUCCCACCCACUGCUCCAAAAAAUGUUAAUCUGAUUGAAGUUUCCCUCUCAGAUUUGAAACCCCCUGAAAAGGCUGAUGUACCUGUUGAAAAAUAUGAUGGAGAAAGUGAUAAAGAACAAUUUGAUGAUGACCAGAAAGUAUGCUGUGGAUUCUUUUUUAAGGAUGAUCAAAAAGCAGAAAAUGAUAUGGCAAUGAAACGGGCAGCUUUGUUGGAGAAAAGAUUAAGAAGGGAAAAAGAAACUCAGCUCCGGAAACAACAGCUGGAAGCAGAGAUGGAGCAUAAGAAAGAGGAAACAAGGCGUAAAACUGAGGAAGAACGUCAGAAGAAAGAAGAUGAGCGAGCACGCAGAGAAUUUAUUAGGCAGGAAUAUAUGAGGCGGAAACAGCUGAAACUAAUGGAAGAUAUGGAUACAGUAAUUAAACCCCGUCCUCAAGGACUAAAACAGAAAAAACAGCGACCAAAAUCUAUUCACAGAGAUCAUAUUGAAUCCCCCAAAACACCAAUAAAGGGUCCUCCAGUCUCUAGCCUUUCUUUGGCAUCGCUGAACACAGGUGAUAACGAGAGUGUGCAUUCAGGCAAGAGGACACCAAGAUCAGAGUCUGUAGAAGGCUUCUUAUCUCCAAGUCGUUGUGGCAGUCGAAAUGGAGAAAAGGACUGGGAAAAUGCAUCAACAACUUCUUCAGUGGCAUCUGGAACAGAAUAUACAGGACCAAAGCUCUACAAAGAACCCAGUGCAAAAUCCAAUAAGCACAUAAUACAAAAUGCUUUAGCUCAUUGCUGUUUGGCUGGAAAAGUAAAUGAAGGUCAGAAGAAGAAAAUACUGGAGGAAAUGGAGAAGUCAGAUGCCAACAACUUCUUAAUCUUGUUCCGGGACUCAGGAUGCCAGUUCAGAUCUUUGUAUACUUAUUGCCCAGAAACUGAAGAAAUCAGUAAACUGACUGGGAUAGGCCCUAAAUCUAUCACUAAAAAAAUGAUUGAAGGACUUUACAAGUAUAAUUCUGACAGGAAACAGUUUAGCCACAUACCCGCUAAAACUUUAUCCGCCAGUGUUGAUGCAAUUACCAUUCAUAGCCAUUUAUGGCAGACCAAAAGACCAGUAACACCCAAAAAACUUUUACCCUCUAAGGCAUAGAAGUUGGGAAAUAUUUGCUUCAGAACAUUCAUGGUAAGUUUGCACUUCAUCUUUCCUGCCUAUAGAAAACCUUUCUAAUUGCCAACAAGACUUUUAUUAAUUAAAACUGGACUUUAAGCUCUGUUGUCAUGAACAACUGGAAUGUAAACCACAGUAUUUUGGAGUGCAGAAGAUUCUCACUAAGGUGAUAAGUCCAAGUGAUGAAGGAAAUGUUUUAAUUCACAAAUGGAGAUUUGUAUGUGUUAUCAGGUUCAACUGCUUGGUAUUAGAUACAUUGAAGCACUGAAUUUUCAUGGAUAUUAGUUGGAUUUAUCGUUGAAAUACGGUUAAGAUGACAAAUUAUGUGUUUUAUUUGUUGCUUUUUUUUUUUUUUAACUUUUUAAUGUAUAUUCUUGUCUUCAGAUGGUUUAUUUUGCUAUUUUUCUCUCCUGGGGGUUUAUUCUAAGAUACCUUUGUAUUUUGUUUCAUGCGGAGAUCAUGAAAGUAGGAAAUACACCUUCAGAAGUAACUUGCACCUUUCUUAUGAUGUUAAGAGAAACACUAGUGUUUAGUUUUACAAUAACCCUCAUAUUUUAAUGGUGUUACAGCAUUUGCAAAAAUUAUUCUGCUAAAUAUUUACGACUCUGUAUUUAUUAUUCACUCAAGUAUUAACAUUCUCUAUUAAAUAAGAGGAGGUAUUGUAAAGAGCUGCUAGUAGGUUCGCUUUAAAUCACAUGAGCUUAACCAAGAAUAUGUUACAAGAAGUUGCUGAUUAAAUCAGUGCUGUUUUGACAUCACUUCUGGCCAACUCAGAAUAAUUUAGAUUGUUCUUUUAACAAAAAAGCUUUCUAUUUCUUUAAAGUAAGUCACUUUAUAAGUUGGCAGAAGUGAAUGACACUUUGAGAGUAGUCUUUCCGUCUGAAGAUCUAAGACUUCCUGAAACAAGUUCUCAAGAAGUCUUCACAUUAUAUUUAUAACUCAUAUAAAAAUGAUAUUUAGAAUUUUUAAACAUGUACAAAGGGCUACAUUUUAAUUUUAAAAUAGCUUCACUUUAUUUUACUUAUAUUGGGUUUUUGUUCUUCGUUUUAAUCCUUUUCAAGUGGAUGGCUUAGAUUAAGUAUACACUUGAAAUCUCCUCUACGUGAUCUUUGUUCUUUAGCAAUGUGUACCAGAGGGUUAGUUGGGGAAAAACUUCAUUCUCAGGAAAAGACUUGAAUGAUUAUGUGACCCUGUUAUGUUUCAGUGUUGUGACAACUGUGUGAACUAGGGGGGAAGACAGUAUUGUAUCAUAAAUGAGAUGCGUAGUUUGUUUUCUUUCAUGGGAAGUAGAGAUAAAAAUAUAUACAUUUCUCUAAUUGAGUUGUUUAGAGAGAGAACUAAUGUCUCAUAUGAUGUAUUUACUUAUUUUAAAAAAAAAAGAAUAGGAAUGAGAUGUCCCUGAGCUGUACUUUUCUAUUAUUAUAAGUCCUGUAGGCAUCAGUGCAUCUGGGUUAUCAACAUUUUCUCAAAUGCUGUCAAUAUUUUAAUGUAAUUUAUGUUCCUAUAUUUAUGUAUAUUUGUUAAAACUGUAAAAAAAUUUCACAGAUUU